UGGGGGGUUCAUACUGUAAAGAGGUGCAGAGCAGGACUGGGAGGGUCCAGAUGAGUGGCUCACAUCGCUACCUUGUGGCUGUGAUGGGUAAGAAGACUACUUACUGUCCUCACUGAACCGGGGACACAUAUAACAGAGGCUGGAGAGCUGAGCUGCUGCCCAUUCCGACUCUUACCACAGAUGAUGUUGGAGCUUUUCACUUUCUGCUGCAUUUUUUUUUCCUCUUAAUAUUUUAAUUCCAGAGUUUAAUUUUUAUUUUUAAAGUAAAUAUAUGUUUUUUUUGCUUGAACAUAAGCAGUCUAAUUCUUUGAAUUUUUGUUUUGGAGAAUUUUUAUGACCAGUGAGGUGUACUAUACUCACAUAUUUUAGACCCUAGUUGUAGAUUUCUGUACCUUAAGUUUACUUUUAUUUUGGCAAAUAUUUCAUAUUAUAAGUGGAAAUAUUUUCUUCAGUUUUUUUUUUUUUUUUAGAAAGCAUGGGAGACUGAUAUUCAACCCAUCCUUAUUUAUCACUUAAAGAAACAUGUGUUUGAGCCUCAUCAUACCUCACCCUUCGUCUUGACACCUGAAGGAAGACUUUGUCACUUAAACUGUUCCAGCCAUUUGCAUGACUGCACAACAACCCUGACGCAUCUGCAGAGAGGAGAGGAGAGACAAGACUGCGGCACACAAUGGAGAGUAUCUCAAAUGAAAGUGACUUCUUUUUGUGGCAAUUGAACGACUCCCUUCGGAACUCAAGUCUCCUUAAUGGAACCGGUGCUUGGUCGAACAAGACGAACCCUCUGAAGAGGAAUGAAGAGGUGGCUAAAGUGGAGAUGGCUGUGCUCGCCCUGGUGCUGUUCCUGGCUCUGGCUGGCAACCUGUGCGUCCUGCUGGCCAUCCACACCACCAAACACAGCCAGUCUCGCAUGUAUUACUUCAUGAAGCACCUGAGCAUCGCAGAUCUAGUCGUGGCCAUAUUUCAAGUUCUCCCUCAACUCAUCUGGGACAUCACAUUUCGCUUCCAAGGACCUGACAUCCUGUGCAGGUUGGUGAAAUACCUGCAGGUCGUCGGGAUGUUUGCAUCCACUUACAUGUUAGUUCUGAUGUCUGUGGACAGGUGUUUGGCUAUCUGUCAGCCUCUGCGCUCUUUGCACAGGAGAAAAGACCGUUUCUAUGUCAUCUCCACCUGGGUGUUGAGCUUGAUCUUCAGUAUCCCCCAGAUGUUCAUUUUCUCCCUCAUCGAGGUGGGCUCUGCAGGAUCAGGAGUGUAUGACUGCUGGGGAGACUUCGUGCAGCCUUGGGGAGCCAAAGCUUACAUCACAUGGAUCAGCCUCACAAUAUAUAUCAUCCCAGUGGCGAUAUUGAGCAUCUGCUACGGCUUGAUCAGCUUCAAAAUAUGGCAAAACUUUAGGCUGAAAACCAGGCGAGAGCAGUGCAUCAGCUUGACGCCAAAAGCCUCCAAAUGCAACACGUUGUCACGCGUGAGCAGCGUCAAGCUCAUCUCCAAGGCGAAGAUCACCACGGUGAAAAUGACUUUUGUGAUCGUCCUGGCUUACAUCGUGUGCUGGACACCCUUUUUCUCUGUGCAGAUGUGGUCCGCGUGGGAUCCAGCAGCGCCUCGUGAGGCCCUGCCCUUCAUCAUCUCCAUGCUGCUGGCCAGCCUCAACAGCUGCUGUAACCCCUGGAUCUACAUGUGCUUCGCUGGGCAUCUGUUCCAGGACCUAAGGCAGAACUUCCUGUGCUGUUCCGCUCGCUACCUUAAGUCAUCCCAGUGCCGCUGUGAGCGUGACUUCGACUCCAGUCACAAGAGCAACUCCUCAACCUUUGCCAUUAAGAGCACCAGCAGUCAGAGGAGCAUCACACAGACUUCCACCACAUGAGCAGCCACCCUCCAGCUGCCCACCCUCCAGCUGCCCACCCCGCCUUUCACCACAUCCACUAAUCCAACUCCUUCAGAUACCUCUCGCCCUGAGGCUUCCUGUUCAAGCCCUGAAGGGGAAAAAAACAACAAAAGUCUUAAUUCUUUUAUUUACAGUACUUUACAGUGUAAAGUGGAAAUGAAAUUGUAAAAUAGAAAAAUGUACAGAAUAUUGUUAAGGGUGCGAUAUUUUAUUCAUAAACACGUACAAAUCCAAGCUGAGCAAUCACUUGAAUCUUUUUGUGUGUUUGUUUUCACAUUAUUCUUGUUUGACAUGUACAGUAUAUAUUUACAUGUUUGCAGUGAAAGUAAAGCAAAAGAGAAUAUUUUUAAGCGCUGUCAACCUUGGCUAACGACACUAUUGAUUCAGCUGUUGUCACCAGCAAAGCUUGUGGAUCCUGUUUGUCUGUGUUAUGAUGAAAUUGCUCCCCUUGUUAUAAAUAUUGUGUACAACGUUGCUCACUUUGUUACAUUUGCAAUGGCUUGCAUACAUGUAAACUGUUACUUGAGAUAUUGUUAGAUGUGAGGUGUCAUGGCUGUCACUGGUAAAGAUUAAAAUAAAUAAAGAGCGAAAGCAGCA